CCUGCAGAAAGUGGUCGAUGCUUGCUUACCUCCGAUUUUAAUUUGUAAUUUCUAGUAUUUCAAUGUUUUCAAAUUAACAUGUCGUGUUUAAAAGUGGUGCUUUCAAUUGUAUGUGGGCUGGUGUUGCUGUUUGAGAACUGUGAAGCUGUGGAAGCUUUUGACAAAUCUCCAAACGACCAAAAGGAAAAAUCAACUAAGUUGCCGCCUUGUAGAUCAUGCACUGUGCUUGUGGAAUCAUUUAAGUUGGUGAGUGGGUGGCAGUAAUAACAAACUUGUGUCGUAUUAAUAAAAACUUUGCUUACAGGGUUUGGAAAAAAUAAGUCGCGGCAAGCAUGCGAGCAUGCAUGUUAAAGCCGCUAAGAAUUUGACUUAAAACCUUCCACAAACAUAUAUAGCCUGUUGCCCUACUUCUGGAUUUGCGGGUUUUACAGGAGAAGCUGUUUUCGCCUUUAAUAAACCUUAUGUGAAUGUGGCGCACGGGAACAACUUCCUGUAAAACCUGCAAAACCUCCCGUACUCCAGGAGCAGGCUAAUAAAGUUUCGUGGUUGGAAACCGAGCACUAUUCCUAAUUUAAUUUUACGUAUUUUUCUUCAUCACAGGAAAAUGUAAGGGUUCUGGCACUCGUAAAGGUAGUAUAUCUAUCCAAGGGUUGUCGCUUCAGCAACAUUCCCCAAAAUUAUUUCAAUCAUUUUUAAGCUGUUACAACAACUGAGUGAAGGUUAUGUUCAUUGCUGAAACUGAAAUAAAGUAAACUGAUGGUUUGCAUUCAUGCAGUUAUUACAAUUAUUUUAUUUUUAUAUCCAACAUAUUAAAAAUAUGCCGUUUUCUUUUUUCCAUUCAUCCUCCAGCUUGUCGUAACUGCAAAGAUGGCUGGAUUAUGGGAAAUGAACCAGUAGGAUGCCAGGAUAUAAAUGAAUGUUUACUUCAAAACCGCCCAUCAUCACUAUAUUCAAUGACAAUGGUUAUAUCAUCGGUGACUACGGCGAGUUUAAGGGCAUGAAACGUUUUGAUUGCCGUAAACGCAUACUAGAAAAACUAAAAGAACUGGGCUUGUAUCGCGAGACCGUCAAUAAUCCUAUGGUCGUGCACUUCUACAGUCGUUCCAAGGAUGUAGUUGAACCCAUGAUUAAGCCACAAUGGUAUGUGAAAUGUGAUCAACUGGCUGCCGAUGCCACUGAAGCUGUCCGGAAGGGGUAUUUGAAAAUUAUAACAGAUCAUCACACAAAAAUCUGGUACCCCUGGAUGGAGGGUAUACGCGACUGGUGUGUAUGCGUCAGUCUCAGCAAAAUAGUCUUGCAUCAACAACCAGAGCUCAGUACGUCAUAGUUAUUUUUCUUCUCUGUUUUCGGAAGCUAGUGCGAUGAGUGGUGAAAACGUUGAAGAAUAAAAUAUGUAUUAUUAUAUUUUCAUUUAUUCACUUAGUUAAGUUUAACUAUAAGGAAGCAAAAUGAUGUGUAAAAAUAAGUAAUUGCUAUUAAAUCUAAGUAAAAAAAUUAUACAAUUUAAAUGAUAAUUAUUAAAAA